CCAACAGGUUCGAGAUGCUGCGAAGGUUUAUAAACGCCCGCUACACCGUGGAAUAUCGACUAGUAGUGAACUGGUUUCCAACCGACCAACCAACCAACCAAGUCAUCUAAUUCAGCAUUCGAAUAACUGCGGAAUACAUUCGUGGAACUUUUUGUAUGGUUUUUCGCGUGAUUUUUUUCAAUUGAAUCUCAUACGAUAGUGCACAUUGUAAUGUAGUGAUUUAGUACGUGAGUCUUUCAGACAUUGUUUAGUGUUGCGCCUUAAGUUAAAGUUUGCCCGUUAAACUUCUUAUUAGACAGCACAGUGUCGGAAAUGUUAGGUUAUCAAUGUAAGCGGUUGGAUACGCAUUAUCUGCGGGAUAUUAUGCAUAGUGUACAGUAAUAGAUCGAGCACUACACAACUUCAAAAUUCGGAAUUAACUUCGUUGCUGGAAGGCUCGUGACAAAGAAAUUUUGGGACUAAAGUUUUUGACAAUAAGGUGGAAUAGACACAGAGAGUCAUCAGGUAAAGGUGCAGUGCUGAUACAUACUGACAUCGGAAGCAGUCGACGACAAUCAAAUCAUCGAACAAAAGUAAUUGUUUGCAAAACCAAGCCGUUACCUGAAAGCUUUUGGUGACUAUGAAAGAUUUGGUAGACAUAGCAGCGAUUCAAAAACUAAACACGCAACGCCCGAUCAAAAGUAAGCGUAAUCGAUGGACCGUCGGAAUAUCGGAAUUCGCGAGGCUUACUCAUAAUCCGAUCCGUGCCAUUGUCGAUCGCCUCAACAUCGAGCCGAACCCGAGCAAGCCCCUUAUUGCGUUGUCCAUAGGUGAUCCGACCACGUUUGGUAACCUGAAACCGUCGCAAGAAACGAUCGCAGCAAUUCGGGAGGUGAUCGAGGCAGGCAACGGUAACGGUUACGCACCUGCCAACGGUCAUCUGGAGGCACGCGAAGCGGUUGCGCGGUACGUUCAGCAUCAGGGUUCGGUGUCGGCCAGCGACGUGAUACUGUGUAGCGGUUGCAGCAGCGCUCUGGAUCUCUGCAUCUCGGUGCUUGGUAGCGCGGGAAAGAACAUACUGAUACCGAAGCCUGGUUUCUCGAUCUACCGGACCCUGGCUGAAGGCUUCGGCAUCGAGUGCCGUACGUACGACUUGCUACCGGAACGCAACUGGGAGGCGGAUCUUGUGCAGCUUGAGAAGUUGAUAGACGAGGAUACGUGCGCGCUCGUUGUUACCAACCCGGGCAAUCCAUGCGGCAGUGUGUUCCGUCGUGAACACCUGGAAGCGAUCGUUGACAUAGCCGAGCGACACUUUGUGCCAAUUAUUGCCGACGAGAUAUACGAACACUUCGUGUUUCCAGGCCAUGAGUUCCACUCGGUCAGCUCGCUGUCGCGCUCGGUGCCGGUCCUCUCAUGCGGGGGCUUAACCAAGCGGUUCCUGGUGCCCGGCUGGCGUAUGGGUUGGAUCAUCAUUCAUGACCGCAACAAUGUGUUCACCGAGGUGCGCAAGGGUUUGGUUAACUUGUCGGUGCGCAUUCUGGGUUCGAACACCAUCAUCCAACGCGCUUUGCCCGACAUUUUGAGCAACACGCCGGUGGACUUUUUCGACGAUUUAGUGAACAGGUUGCAUCACCAUGCCGAAGUAGCCUACAAAACGGUUAAAAACAUUCGUGGGCUGAAUCCGAUCAUGCCGGGCGGCGCUAUGUACAUGAUGGUCGGAAUCGACAUCGAGCACUUUCCGGAGUUCGAAACAGAUUUGAACUUUGUCGAAGCGCUGGUGCGCGAGCAGAGCGUCUUCUGCCUGCCGGGGCAGUGCUUCGAUUACCCCAACUACAUCCGUCUUGUGUUGACCGUACCGGAAGAGAUGAUUAUCGAGGCUGUGAAGCGAAUGGAAGAGUUUUGCGAGCAUCACUACAAGGUUGACAACGAGAAACUGCUGGAGCAUCAAAACGGUUUGCUGGCCCAGCUAACGCAAUUGUAACAACCGGGGUCGAACACGUCCCGGUGAAGCACACCAUCUUAUUUUUAUCUCUUUUUCUGUAAUCGGGAAAUAAAGGUGAUUUUUCUUUUACUUUUGCAACUUCA